CACGCGACUAUCCCACCAGUUGCUCGCCAUCCACGUGCGCGCUCUGCUCCUCUGCUCCACGUUCAGACGCCGUGCUGCACCCGCGGGGUUCACGCCCUGCCGUGACUUCAAGCAUUGCCCCCGCUCCCUCUCGUUCGCCCUCGGCUCGCGUUAGGGUUGCGUCGCAGUACCUCCGGCUACUACAGCGCGCCCAGCUGGCUCCACUCCACGCGCAUCAUCUCGUGCCAAACCCCUCCCUUGCGCUCACGCCUCCUCAGGCUGACGCCUCUAAGCGCCGGCCCUCAGCGGCGCCUCGUCGCAUCCCGUCGCUGCACUGCCCUCGUCGCCCUCGUCACCUCCAGCUUCGAGGCGUGUGGAGGAGGGGGCGGCGUUGGACGGCGUGGCAAGGCGGAUGGUGCCGCACCAGCCCCUGCGCGCCAUGCACCCAGCGCCGCCGCACACGAGCGGUGUGGCAAGGCGCAGCAGCAGCAGCGGCGGUGGUGGCAAGGCAGUGAGGGAUGAGACGAGGGCGCUUGCGACCACAGGCGACGCGCGGCCGUCGUCAAUGGCACCGCACCCGCCACACGCAGCCGCAGCAGCUGCCGCUGCUGCGGCGUUGGCUGGGCCAGCCUUGCCCGCAGGAACGAUGGCCGUUCUAGAAAAAGCCCUUAGUGCACGUGCGCCUCACGCUGCUGCUGCUGCCAAUGCCGGUGCUGCGAGGCGGUGGAUGGGUGAGUCGAGUGCACCGCCUGCCGCCUGGGGACGCGAGGGCGUGUGGAUGCAGCAGGUGGCGCAGGGCGAGGGGCGGGUGGCGCCUCAAGUCAUGGUCAGGGGCGCGCUGGUGAAGGUGGGCAGCGCGGGGGGCUUCGCCACGCGCUACCUCUCGCAACCUCCCCACAGCGGCGGGAAAGAUCAGCUGGGGGCGCUGGGAAUACCGGGGGCAGUGGGGCCACCGCGGGCAGUGGGGCCACCGCGGGCAGUGGGGCCACCGGGGACACUGGGGGCAUUGGGGGCAUUGGGCAGCGGUGAUGGGGGGGAAGCUGGCGGACAGGGGUUAGCAGGGGAAAGCAGUGGGCGAGGGGUAGGGGAUGCGGAUGCUGGGGCGAGAGACAGGGAGGGGUUCGGGUGGAGGGGAAGUGGAGAGAGGGGCGUUGGGAAGCGCAAGGCGAGGGGGGAAGAGGGGGGAGAUGGGGGAGAUGGGGGAGAUGGGGGAGAGGGGGGAGAUGGCAUGGUGAAUGAGGGGCGAGGGGGGAAGAGGGGCUGUGGUGUGGAGGGAGCAGGGAUGGGUGCGAGGUGCGGUGCAGGGCGGGCGAUGCCGUGGGCGGAGGGUGGUGGCCGUGCGCCCAUGCACGAGGGGAGAGCGGCGGAUGCUGCUGCUGCUACUGACCAUACGGGGGCAGCCACCGACGGUGGUGAUGCUGCUGGCCGCACUGGUGGGUGCGGUAGCAUGCCAGGCCACGCGGCAAGAGAGGUGGACAUGGCAGGGCAGGGGCAGUUGAGUGAGCGGCAUGCGGUGGGGCGAGGGGCGGAGGGAGCGGAGGGGGAGGCGGCGGAGGAGGAGGCGGCGGAGGCGGGUGUGGAGAGCAUUCUGGUGCGGCUGCUGAAGAAGCAGCUGCUCUCGCUGGCUGAAGCCAUCGCCACUCAUGAUGAUCUGCGGGCGCGCUUCCUGCUGCAGCACGUGGGGCAGGAGGCGGACCCCCUGGGCUCGCCCAUGCAGCGCGCCGCCUUCCACUUCGUGCGCGCACUCUCCGCGCGGGCCACGGGCACAGGCCACGUGCUGCAGGGGGCGACGAUGGAGCAGGAGCUCAGCGGUGCCCUGCCGUGUGUGCUGGGCGCGCCGGCCCUGCGCGACUUCCUCUGCUGUGCUGCCACCCACGCCCUGCACCAUGCGCUCCUGCCCGCCCUCUCACGCCACCACUCCAACACACAAGCUGCUGCUGGGGACCAUGCUGCUGAAGCUUGUGCUGCUGACGCUGCUGCUGGUGACAAUGUGGUGGUGGGAGUGGCAAGGAGGGGAGGGCAGUGCAGCAUGGAGAGAGACGGCACGGUGGGGCGAGUGGUGUUGCAGGGGGAGCAGGAGUGGCAGGGGAGCACCACAGAGGACAACGACGAGGGGAGGGCGAGGAGUGUAGGAGAGAGUGAGGUAGGGGAGGGCGCAGAGAGGGAGGGGAGCAGUCUUAGGGACGAUGGCAGUGUGAGGGGGCGCGGGGGGGAAGAGAGCACCUCAUGUGGCAAGGAGAAGGCAGCGGAUCCUAAAUCUGAUUCACGAGUGAAGCACACUGGCGUCCGCCCAGCGCCCCCCCCUGCGUCACCCCCCCCCCUGGUGGUGCAUGUGGUGGAGCUGGGCGACCACCACGUGCCGCACUGCCACGCGCUGCUCUCCGCCCUGGCGGCCUGGCCGCUGCAGCGCCACGUGUGCCUGCGCCUCACCCUCGUGCACCUGCUCCACGCCCACCCCUCCGCGCCCUGCGCGCCCCCCUUGCUGCCUUUGCAAGGCGGCAACACCACCGCUGACCCGCCUGCACCUGCCUCCUCCGCGCCACCCACUACACCGGACGCAUCUGCCAAGGGCGGUGCUGAGCGGGUGUGCACCGUGGGGUCGCCUGCUCGCCUGCGGCCUGCUGUUGAUCCCACUCACGACUUUCGCCCCACCCUCGCUGCUGCUGGCUCUGCUGCUCUGGAUGCUGCUCGUGCUGCCAUGCCUGGUGGGGCUGGGGAUGGUCUGGGGGCAGCACGCGCAGCACUUGGUGAUCCGGUUGCUGCUGCGGCUGGUGCGGGCGAGGCUGCAGGAGACGGCGGUGCGGGGAUGAGUGGGAGCACAGGGGUGGCGGGCAGCAAUGGGCAUGGCAUGGCGGCAUCAGGCAGUGAAGGGGGCACGUGGGACGACUGCAGCAGUGCAGAGGGGCAGCACGGAGACACACCACCCUCACCGCCGUCCCUUCCACCACACGGCUCAUCACCACCUCUGCCUUGCACUACCACUGCCACUGCCGCUUCCGCUGCCGCUGCCGCUGCACCAGCACUGUCCUCCCCUCUGCGUGCACCAGAGCAUGCUGCUGCAUGCCGCACACCCCAUUCGCCCUGCCCCCCACCGCUGCCCCACCCGCGUGCAGCAAGCACACAGUGUGAGCCGCCACUGGGCUCACCCUCGGGUGCCCUGCAUGCCUCUGCCCCCACCGUGCCUGCGCCCUCACCCUCCCCCUCCGCCCCCUGCGUCCAGCGCUUUCCGCUCCCUCCGCCGCCUGAGCUGGUAAAGCAAGUGCAAGCAGCAGCGCGCGCCCUGGGGCUGCGCGUGGCGGUGCGCGUGGUGCGCGUGGGCGUGCAGGGGGUGACAAGGGCGGCGCUGGGCGUGCGUGAGGGCGAGGUGGUGCUGGUGCGUGCGGCGCUGCUGCUGCAGCAGCUGUGCGACGCAUCCGUCAUCCGAGCCAACCCGCGGGACUCGCUGCUGCAGGAGGCGGGCCUCAACUCGCCCUUCUUCCUCACGCGCUUUCAAGCCGCGCUGGACCACUACUCCGCGUGGUUUGACUGCCUGGCCGCGCCCUGCUGCCCGCUGUCUGACGCACAGCGCAGCGCAGUGGAGGCGCGCGUGCUUGGGGCAGAUAUCGCCAACAUCGUGGCAUGCGAGGGCAUCAACCGCCUCACGCGCCCCGAGCCAGCGCACGCCUGGCACGCGCGCGCCACGCGCCUGGGCUUUGAGGUGGUGGCCAUGGGGGAGGAGGCGGUGGAAGGCGCUGCAGCGGCCAUGGGGGCAAGCCGUGAGGGGUUGAGGGUGGAGGUGAGGCAUGGCGUGGCUGUGCUGGAGUGGAAGGGGUGCCCCCUGCUGACGUCGUUCAUGCUGCAGCCCAGUGCAGGCACCACCACGGAUUCUGUUUGAUCUCCCAGAACUACCUCUUGUAACCCCAGGUGGGCCAGUGCGCUGCAGUGCGUUCAGGCCGUAUGAGUGUGCGCUGGGCGCCAGCAAUGCGCCUCUGCGGCUUCCAGCAGGCGUCUUGAAUCUCGCAGCGUGGUCGGGAGGGAUGCACUGCUAGUGCUCCUGCCA